AUGGGAAAUUACGAACCUGCCCCUGUUAAAAACAGUGGUGGACCAGGAGAGAAUGGUGAACCAGUGUAUUCUACGAUGGAAGAACGAGCCAAAUCAGACCAAUCUAUUCGAGACUAUGGUUUUAAUUUAGUUAACAGUGAUAAAAUAUCUCUAGAUAGAACAGUACCUGAUACUAGGAUGGAUGAAUGUAAAUAUUGGCAUUAUCCAGAGAAACUCCCUAGUGCCAGCGUGAUUCUAGUGUUCCAUAACGAGGGUUGGUCCACUCUAGUUCGUACCGUACACAGUGUAAUAAAUUCCAGCCCCUCACACCUGCUAAAAGAGGUUGUGAUGGUUGACGAUUUCAGCGAUAAAGAACAUCUAAAAGGUAAACUAGAUCAGUAUAUGACAAGAUUUAAUGGCAAGGUGAAGAUAUUUCGUAAUGAAGAACGUCUAGGAUUGAUUAGGACUCGAACCCGUGGCGCCGAGUUGUCUACAGGAGAAGUUAUUGUGUUUCUGGAUGCUCAUUGUGAAUGUAAUCCUAAUUGGCUACCUCCCCUACUGGCUAGGAUCGCUCAUGAUAGAACUAUAAUGGCGGUACCGAUAGUUGACGGAAUAGAUUGGAAUAAUUUUCGCUACAGGCCUGUUUACACGUCUACUCAUCAUCGAGGUAUUUUUGAAUGGGGUUUUCUAUACAAGGAGAGUCAAGUACCACAACGAGAAUUGAAUACCAGAACUUACAACAGUGAACCUUACAAAUCACCCACUCAUGCUGGAGGAUUAUUUGCCAUGGAUAGAAAAUAUUUUUUUGAAAUGGGAGGUUACGAUCCUGGUAUGCAGAUUUGGGGAGGAGAAAAUUUUGAGUUAUCUUUUAAGAUCUGGCAGUGUGGAGGAAGUAUAGAAUGGGUACCAUGCUCUAGGGUGGGGCAUGUCUAUAGAAAUCACAUGCCCUAUGGUUUUGGUAAAGUCAAGGCUACAAUUCCUGUUAUCCUACUAAAUUAUAUGAGGGUAGUAGAAGUGUGGUUGGAUCCUGAAUAUAAAGAAUAUUUUUAUACGAGAGAACCAUCAGUCCGAGGCUAUCCCAUCGGAGACAUCUCAAAACAACUCGCUUUUAAAAAAGAACAUAAUUGUAAAAGUUUUGAUUGGUUUAUGGAAAACGUAGCGUAUGAAGUUUUAGAAAAAUUUCCCCGAUUACCACCCAAUAAAGUUUGGGGAGAGUUUAAAAUAUUAGAAGAUAAUAAAUGCUGGGAUACGGUUGGUCAGGGUGUAAAUGGUGGACCAAUCGGAGCUUAUUAUUGUCAUCAUGGUGGAGGCAAUCAGAUGUUCCGAUUAAACACGAAAGGUCAGCUAGCUCUAGGUGAAAGAUGUCUCGAAGCCAAAUAUAAAGAUACCAUUCAUGUAUCAUAUUGUGAUGUAGAACCCACAGGUCCUUGGGAUUAUGAUGAGAAAACAAAACAAGUUCAGCAUACUGAGUAUGAAAUGUGCGUGGAGCUUGGUGAUGAUGAUAAACUCCACCUACAAACCUGCGACGCAGAAUCACAACGACAACUCUGGGAAGUCAACGAAGUACGAUCAUGGAAAUAGUGCAACAAUGCACAUCAUUCAUUCAUUCAUUUUAUACUCAUUUUCAUUUUUAUUCAUUCAAUUCAUUGUUUAUUCAUCCUUUCAUCAUUUAAUUUAAUGCCUCUAUACUUGCAGGGGGUGAAUCGAAGGGGAUUUAGUUAGGGUAGGGGGGCUACUUGUAGCUUUUAAGCCUUGACUGAAUGUGCAAAACCUUUUCAUCAUUUUGUGUUUGAAAAUACAGCCUCCCAAUCAUUUAGAUGGCUUUUUCUCGCCUGUAUUAAAAGUCAUUUGGCUAGAAUUUUUAGAUUACUGCAGAUGUGAUUUAGCCAGAUGAUAUUUACUUGCCUCUCUAUGAAGACUGAAUGCACAAAACCGUCAUCAUAUUU